ACUGUAACUGCUUUGCUACGAAAACCGAAUCUGCAAAUUCAUUUCUGAAAACUAAUAAAAGCUCCAUUGGUAUUGUCAGUCAUUGUUUUCUUAGUGUAUUCAAAUUAUGGAUCGCCUCUUAAGACUUGGUGGUGGUUUGGCCAGCCUUGGACAGGCUCCUCCUCCGACAGAUGGAGCUGUUGUGGAUACUGCUGAACAAGUUUAUAUUUCAUCUUUGGCUUUGUUGAAGAUGUUGAAACAUGGUAGAGCUGGUGUUCCAAUGGAAGUCAUGGGUCUUAUGCUGGGUGAAUUCGUUGAUGACUAUACUGUCCGAGUUAUUGAUGUAUUUGCUAUGCCUCAAUCAGGAACUGGUGUAAGUGUUGAAGCUGUAGAUCCUGUCUUUCAAGCAAAAAUGUUAGACAUGUUAAAACAAACUGGCAGGCCAGAGAUGGUAGUUGGCUGGUAUCACUCCCAUCCUGGAUUUGGCUGUUGGUUAUCUGGAGUAGAUAUUAAUACACAGCAGAGUUUUGAAGCACUUUCUGAAAGAGCUGUUGCUGUAGUAGUGGAUCCUAUACAGAGUGUGAAAGGAAAGGUUGUAAUCGAUGCUUUCCGAUUAAUCAAUCCAAAUAUGGUGGUUCUUGGCCAAGAACCUAGGCAGACAACUUCUAAUCUUGGACAUCUAUCUAAGCCAUCAAUUCAGGCCUUGAUCCAUGGUUUAAAUCGGCAUUACUAUUCUAUAUCCAUAAAUUACAGAAAGAAUGAGUUAGAACAGAAAAUGUUGCUCAAUCUCCAUAAAAAGAGUUGGAUGGAUGGUUUAAUGCUACAAGAUUAUAACGAGCAUUCACAGAUCAAUGAAAAAACGGUUUCUGAAAUGUUGGAAUUGGCAAAAGCUUAUAAUAAGUCACUAGAAGAAGAGGAUAAGAUGACUCCAGAGCAAUUAGCGAUUAAGAAUGUUGGCAAACAGGAUCCCAAGCGACAUUUGGAAGAGCAUGUUGAUUCUUUGAUGAACUCUAACAUUGUGCAGUGCUUAGGAGCUAUGUUGGAUACUGUUGUAUUUCAGUGAUAUAUUCUUACAUUCAUCAUAUUAUUUUAAUAAAUUCAUUACUCUUAAAUCUAAUAAAUGCUUGUUUUUUUUA